AUGGCCUUAGUGGAUGAGCUAAGUAGCCAGAUUGAAGUAGCACUACUGGGAUUAGAUGUUCUAGGUGCCUUUGUCGACAGACUAUCAGGACGCUUUAAAUCCUAUAUAGGAACUGUUCUCCUGCCUUUGAUAGAUCGUAUGGGAGAUGCCAAAGACCAAGUUCGGGAGCAAGCACAGAAUCUUAUACUGAAAUUGAUGGACGAAGCAGCACCACCCAUGCACAUUUGGGAACGCCUUGCUGUUGGAUUUAAACACAAGAACUACCGAUCCCGAGAAGGAGUGUGUUUGUGUCUUGUUGCUACCUUAAACAUUUAUGGUGCACAGUCAUUAAUUCUCAGCAAGUUGGUGCCACAUCUGUGUAUAGCGCUUGGUGACUCAAAUAGUCAGGUGAGAGAUGCUGCCAUACUAGCCGUUGUAGAGGUUUAUCGGCAUGUGGGAGAGAAAGUACGACUAGACCUUACAAAGAGAGGAAUUCCUCCUGGAAGGUUGCAAACAAUAUUUGCAAAAUUUGAUGAAGUAAGAAACUCUGGAAAUAUGAAUAUAAAUAGCAUCAGUG